GGCCGCGCGCGGUAACGGCCCCGGCGCCGCCUUUGAACCGCGGCCCGGGAGCGAGCGGGGAGCGCAGCCCGGCACCGGGACCGGCACCGCUACAGGCACCGGGACCCCCAGCUGCACCGGCACCGCACCGCCACCGAGACCCCCAGCUGCACCGCUACCGGCACCGGCACCCGCCCUGCUUCGGUACAGCCACUCGGCACCCAUCACUGCACCGGUACCGAGACCCCCAGCUGCACCGGUACAGGGAGCCGGCACCGAUCGCUGCACCGGCACAGGCACCGGCACCCACUGCUGCACCGGGGCCCGCCGCUGUUUCGGUGCAGGCACCGCGACCCGCCGCUGUGUCGGUGCAGGCACCGCGACCCGCCGCUGUGUCGGUGCAGGGAGCCGGGCUCCGGCGGUGCCCCAGCGCAGCUCGGCGCGGACCCAGCAUGAGCGCGCCGGGCGGGAAGGCGGCGCGGCCGGCGGCGGCGGCGGAGCCGGCCCGGCCGGCGGCGGCGGGGAAGGAGGUGCCGAAGGUGCUCGUGGACCCGCGCACCCGGCGCAGCUUCGUGCGCGGCCGGUUCCUGGGCAAGGGCGGCUUCGCGCGGUGCUACGAGCUGGCCGAGGCCGAGAGCCGGGAGGUGUUCGCCGGGAAGGUGGUGCCCAAGUCGCUGCUGGUGAAGCCGCACCAGAAGGAGAAGAUGUCCAUGGAGAUCGCCAUCCACCGCAGCCUCUCCCACCGCCACGUCGUCGGCUUCCAGAGCUUCUUCGAGGACGACGACUUUGUCUACGUCGUGCUGGAGCUCUGCCGCCGCAGGUCGCUGCUGGAGCUGCACAAGCGGCGGAAGGCGCUGAGCGAGCCCGAGGUGCGCUACUACCUGCGCCAAACCAUCCUGGGCUGCCAGUACCUGCACAGCCACCGCGUCAUCCACCGCGACCUCAAGCUCGGCAACCUCUUCCUCAGCGACGACAUGGAGGUGAAGAUCGGUGACUUUGGUCUGGCCACCAAGGUAGAGUACGAUGGGGAGCGCAAGAAGACCCUGUGUGGGACACCCAACUACAUCGCCCCAGAGGUGCUGGGCAAGAAGGGGCACAGCUUCGAGGUGGACAUCUGGUCCAUUGGCUGCAUCAUGUACACUCUUCUAGUGGGGAAACCGCCUUUUGAGACAUCUUGUCUAAAGGAUACGUACAUCCGGAUCAAGAAGAACGAGUACACCAUUCCAAAGCACAUCAACCCUGUGGCUGCGAGCCUCAUCCAGAAGAUGCUGAGGUCGGACCCUGCCACGCGCCCGACCAUCAACGAGCUGCUGAACGACGAGUUCUUCACCUCGGGGUACCUCCCCGGCCGCCUGCCCACCAGCUGCCUCACCAUCGCGCCCCGCUUCUCCCUGGCUCCCAGCAGCAUGGAGCUGGGCGGGCGGAGGCCGCUGACUGCGCUCAAUAAAGGACUGGACAGCCCUGCACAGGAGCCCUUGCCGGACAAGGAGGAAGCGGCGGGGCUGCGGGAGGUGGCAGAUGCUGUCAGUUGCCACCUGGCUGACAUGUUGCAGCAGCUGACUGCAGUCAACGCAGCCAAGCCCUCCGAGAGAGUAGCAGUGAGGCAAGAAGAAGCUGAGGACCCAGCCUGCAUUCCCAUCUUCUGGGUUAGCAAAUGGGUGGACUACUCGGAUAAAUAUGGACUCGGUUACCAGCUCUGUGACAACAGUGUUGGAGUUCUCUUCAAUGACUCCACUCGGCUCAUCAUGUACAACGAUGGGGACAACCUGCAGUACAUUGAGCAGAACAACACUGAGUCCUACUUCACUGUGAGGUCCUACCCCUCUGCCCUGAACAAGAAGAUAACACUACUGAAGUACUUCCGGAAUUACAUGAGCGAGCACUUGCUGAAGGCGGGGGCGAACAUCACGCCACGGGAAGGGGACGAGCUAGCCCGACUGCCCUACCUGUGCACCUGGUUCCGGACCCGCAGUGCCAUCAUCCUGCACCUCAGCAACGGCACUGUGCAGAUCAACUUCUUCCAGGACCACACCAAGGUGAUCCUGUGCCCUCUCAUGGCUGCUGUCACGUACAUAGAUGAAAAACGGGACUUCCGCACGUACAAGCUGAGCCUGAUCGAGGAGCACGGCUGCUGCCGGGAGCUGGCCAGCCGCCUGCGCUACGCCCGCACCAUGGUGGAGAAGCUCCUCAGCUCCAAGUCUGGCUCGGGCCGGAUGAAGUCUUCCACUUAGACCCUGUUCUUGCUGGACUCAACAUCUGUGCCGCACUGCCCAGCUGUGGAGGGAGAGGUCUGGCGGCUUCCCUCCCGUGGCCCAGCUGGGUUCCCGCUCCUGGGUCUGGGCUCAUUGCCGCUAGGAAGCCCCUGCUGCUGUGGGAAUGGUGUUGUCCACUGACUGGUGCCCAAAGGUUUCUUCCUGUUCCUAACAAAGUGUAUUUUUAAAUUCCCUACCUAGUCUGUUUUUCUAAUUUCCCAAAGACAAAAACCCAGCUCCAAACCAGCCCUCUUUGAGGGCCUGCUCUUGAGAGAGCAAAGCUGGCACGUGAGGUGCCCGUACAUGGCUGUGUCUGUGCUCUGGGCUUCAUUUCCUCUGGUAGAAGCUCAGGUAAAGUACUGAACAAGCCCGGAGUGAGAUUUGAGCAAUUGGGCUUUUAAUACUAAAACUCCAUGAAACCUCAACUUUUGUAUAUUGCAUAACUUGAAUAAAGAUUGUUUUGACACAGCA